CCUAUAGACCUUAGUACUAUCGAGGCACAACGUAAAAAUGUUAAAUGUUAUAAUUGCGGGAAGAAAGGAUACGUAAAGAAAUACUACCGAGCUCCUAAAAAAAACAGUAAUAAGAAAUUCACACCUGUCCCAGAGCCCAAGGAAAACCAAGCUAUUAAUACUAUACGACCCUCGGAAGACUAUAAUAUCCUACACUUCUUAGCGUACUACGAUAAUAACUAUUAG